CAACAAGGCAAACGCGCGCACAAAGACGACGUCAUCACUAUGCGUUUGUUUUGCGAGAGAGAUGGCGGUCUAGUCUGGUUGUGUUUACUCUUGGUAAAAGUUUAGUGUUUUGGUCCGUUGCGAGUCCGUAUUUUUAAUUGAGCUUGACUGCUUCAUUUAGUUAAAAGCUAGCCGAGCUUACACAUUCAGUCACAAUGAAGUCAGACGUGGAGGAGUUAAUGCCGAGACUGCUGCCCGUGGAGUGUGGAUCCGGUACCGUGGGCGACCUGGACCUGAGCGGACCGCCGAGAAACCCCCAGGAGUACCUCCGACAGGUCCAGCUGGAGGCUUCAUUGUGCCCAGAGGUGGUGGUCGCUCAGAUCGACCCCAAAAAACUAAGGAAGAAGCAAACAGUGAAUGCAUCUGUGGCAGGGUGUCAUGCUGCUCCAGUGGGUUUCUCCCCAAGUCUAAGAUGGCAACAACAACAAGUCAGCAAUUUCUCUGAAGUCAGACAGAGUAUCACAAGGCACAGGAAACACUGGACCAGCCAAACUCUAGAUGACAACGUGCUGAUGCCGAAGGUAACGGAUGAGGAGGGUUGGAAGAGGUUUUGUUUAGGAGAGAAGGUCUAUCUGGGCACUUCAUCCUCCCACACAGAUGCAGAACCAGAGCCAGCACUGGACUAUAGCAAGAUGGGGUUCCCUCCCUUCCUAAGCAUCAUCAGCAGGCUAAAUCAGUCUACAGUGCUGAUGGUGUUGGAAAUCCUCAUCGGCUGGUUCGAGGAACGAGAAUUUGUUCCACAGUUGGGGCGCUGGUUGUAUGCUUUAUUGGCCUGCUUGGAAAAGCCUCUGUUGCCCGAAGCUCACUCAUCCAUCAGACAGCUUGCACGGAGAUGCGCCCAGCUCCGCAGCACGCUGGACAGCCAGGAAGAUGAUAAACUACCCGCCCUCAACCUGCUCAUCUGUCUUGUUGCCAGGUACUUUGAACAGAAUGAUCUGGCAGAUCAGCAGGAGUGAAGCCAACCUGAUCUGUUUAACCUCACCAACAUAUGAGGAUCAUAUUGUUAAGUCUGGCUGCGGUGAAAGCUGAAGUUCGAAAACAAAGAGACUGGAUUACAAAAACACAUGUUUUUAUUUGUAAGGUAUUUGGUUACCUGCACAGAGCAGUGCUGGCACACAGGGACUACAAGAAAAUGCAGCAGGAUCAGGGCUACUUUUUUCAAACAGGUUUAUGCUUUUCUUUGUGCGUUUAUAUGUGUGUAAUUUAGCUCUAAAUAAAAGUUUUCUAUUAUCUGUGAUUUGUAAGAAAACUGUGUGUGUGUGUGUGUGU